AUGGCCCCAACAUCCCCAGUAGCCCCACUAACACAUUCUGAGCCCCACAUUUCCUCCAUUAAGCCCAGAACAUCUGCUGAACCCAAAGUCCCUGCCCCAGCUCCACCUGGACCUGCAGAGACCCCCCCAACUGUUUACACUGUGGAAGGAAGGAAGGAAGGAAACACAAAGGCGUUCAGCACAAAGGCUCCCCCCCCUGGUCUUCCUUCAUCUCCAGCCCGGUCUCAGCUCUCUAUAGACUCAGACUCCGAGAUGACAGAAGUUUCAGGACUCCUGCAGGAAGUCAGCAUCCCUCCUCCUCAGAAGCCACGCCCCCUCAUCAUCUUCAUCAUUGGUGGUCCAGGAAGUGGGAAGGGAAGUCAGGCAGCUAGGCUAGCUCGUUGCCUCAGCCUCAGAGUCAUCUCAUUGGAUGAGUUACUCAGGCAGCAGCUGCUAAACCACGCCUCCCCCAGCAGGAAGUGGGGGAUUAUUUCAGAAAUGAUGGGUCAUGGAGACUUGGGACCACAGGAGGAGACGAUCUCAGAGCUGAGGCAGCAGCUGAUUGGCCAGCCAGAGGUCAGUGGAUUCAUUGUGGAUGGAUUCCCUCGAGACGUCCACCAGGCUCUCAGCUUCCAGGAACAGAUUGGCUCUCCUGAUCUGGUGGUGUUGCUGCUUUGCUCCAAUGAGACGCUGCGCUGUCGUCUGCAGCGACGAGCCACCCACCUUGGUCUCCUAGGCAACAAUAGCCACGCCCUGCAGAGACGCCUGGAGACGUUUCAGAGAGACAUUGUCUCCAUCAGCAGAUAUUACAGACAGCUACACCUGGAGACACAGGUGGAUGCAGACAGAGAUGAGGAGACAGUAUUUGCUGAUCUGAGUUCAGUCGUCAGGGAGAAACUGCGUCUAAAGGAUUCAGGUAUUGAUUGA